AUGACAGAGACUUAUAGCUUCAGAGCAUCACCUAUAAAUAGUAAUGGAAUUGGGCAAGAUUUCUCACCCUCAAAACUUGAAAAAUUUGAAGGUAGAGAUAGUCUAGUCGCAAUGAAGGGUGAUCAUUUGCUUGUAGCUUUUGCAUUCUGGGUUUUGGCUUCCUCAUUUGCAUCUGCCUAUGACCCUAGCCCUCUCCAGGAUUUCUGUGUCGCGAUAAAUGACACCAAGUCUGCUGUGUUUGUGAAUGGGAAGUUCUGCAAGAACCCAAAGCUUGCCAUCGCAAAUGAUUUCUCCUUUUCAGGGCUCAACAUUCCCAGAAACACUGGGAAUCAAGUUGGAUCAAAUGUAACUCUCUUGAAUGUCGAUCAAAUACCAGGGCUUAAUACUCUUGGCUUAUCUCUGGCUCGUAUAGACUAUGCAGCAUAUGGAGGCUUGAACCCACCCCACAUUCACCCUCGUGCAUCAGAGAUCCUACUAGUUUUGGAGGGCACACUUUAUGCUGGUUUUGUCACGUCAAAUCCAGAUAAUCGCUUUAUCACAAAAGUCUUAAACCCAGGAGACGUUUUCGUGUUUCCGUUAGGCCUCAUUCACUUUCAGUUCAAUGUUGCAAAGACCAAUGCAGUUGCCAUUGCUGCUCUGGGCAGCCAAAAUCCCGGUGUCAUCACUGUUGCAAAUGCAGUCUUUGGAUCUAAUCCGCCCAUUAAUCCUGAUGUUCUCGCCAAGGCGUUCCAAUUGGAAAAGAAUAUAGUGAAUGAUCUUCAAAAAAAGUUUGGAGGGAAUAACAAAUAG